AAUAGUCUGCUCACAGCUCUAACCUAGACAACAUGUCUGACGAGUCCUGGAAAAUUCAGUUUCACGAUAUUCCUAAAACACACUCGCAGUCGUUUAAGGAACUCUUUACCGGUUACGAUGAUGGACUUGUUCGAAGUGAACCUGGUGGAUUCGUAGCGACUCCAACGUAUUCCCGAAAUGCAGAAAAGAUCUUCCGGAUGCAAGUGAGGAGUGACGAUGUCUGGCUUCUUACUUUUCCCAAAUGUGGAACCACUUGGACUUGUGAAUUGUUAUGGUUAUUACAAAACAAUUGCGAUUUCGAGGCAGCCAGUAAAGCGGGUCUUACACUUCGAGCUCCAUUCUUAGAGAUGCCUUAUUUGAGCACGCGCAUGUCCGGAAUCAAAGACAAACUAAUGACUUUGGAUAAGGUGGAACAACUGCCGUCACCCAGAGUCAUACGACCCCAUUUGCCGUUUUACCUGCUUCCUCCACAACUACUAGAUGCAGCCAAGGUCGUUUACGUGGCACGCAAUCCGAAGGAUGUGAUUGUUUCGUACUAUUUCCACCACAAGCUGAUCAAAUUGCACGGUUACACUGGAACUUUGGAAGAAUUUGCUCAAUUCUUUAUGGAUGACGAAGUGUACAAUGCUCCCUUCUUCCCUCAUAUCCUGGAAGCUUGGUCUAAACGACAUCAUCCCAACAUGCAUUUCAUGUUCUACGAGGACAUGAAAAGGGAUUUGCGGGGAGAGAUCGGAAAGGUGGCUUCCUUUCUCGGAAAAUCGCUGAGCGAAAAGCAACUGGUGGCAUUGACAGAGCACUUGAAAUUUGAGAAUUUCCAAAAGAAUGAAACGGUCAAUAAUGAAUCGGGGAAAAAGACUGGUGCCAUGAGUCAGGAAGGAAGAUUUAUCCGGCAAGGCAAAACAGGGGACUGGAAAAAUCACUUUAGUCCCGAGUUGAACAAUCGUAUUGACGAAUGGAUUCAGAAGAAUUUGGCUAACACGGAUUUAACUUUUAUCACUGAACUCGAGUACCAGGACUAGUUUUCGCAAUUUUAUACGCUAUUAAUCGUUUAUGUGCAGGCAUAAGGAAAAUCCACUCCCGCAAUCAAAUAAACCAGUGCCGCGUCGCAGUCAAA